GAUCGUUUCACAGCCGGAAGUGGCUCUCGGUGUUAUUGUGACUGAAAGGCGCCUGAUUAAGCUCCGUGUCCGCUAAAACUCACACCGUUCACUUUCAUUGAGAGCUGCAGGAACUUACCGGGAGUCUGAGUGUGUCCUCCGGUCCCCGGUGUCUCCGGUAGCCGGUAACCGGUUUUCUGCCCGUCAUGGCGGCUGGAAGCGGCGCGGCUCCUCCGCAUGUCGGUGAUGUUGAAGAAGACGCUUCUCAGCUGCUGUUCCCUAAAGAGUUCGAGAACGCCGAGACGCUACUGAACUCAGAGGUCCACAUGUUGCUUGAACACAGGAAGCAGCAGAACGAGAGCGCUGAGGACGAGCAGGAACUGUCCGAGGUCUUCAUGAAGACGCUCAACUACACGGCUCGGUUCAGCCGCUUCAAGAACCGCGAGACCAUCACGGCCGUGCGAAGUCUCCUCCUGCAGAAGAAGCUCCAUAAGUUCGAGUUGGCCAGUUUGGCCAAUCUUUGUCCUGAAGCUGCUGAAGAGGCCAAAGCUCUGAUCCCCAGUCUGGAGGGUCGGUUUGAGGACGAGGAGCUGCAGCAGAUUCUGGACGACAUCCAGACCAAGAGAAGUUUCCAGUACUGAGACCAGCUUUUUAUUCCUUUUACUGUCACAAUAAAAUCUCAUUUGUCUUUUUUUUUUUA